AUGAAAGUUAUACUUAAGAGACAAACAAAAAUGAAUCUAAUGGAUAUAACCAAAAUCUUCUCCAUGCUCCAGCCCAGAGAAAAUGAAGACGAUAAUGGAGAAAGACAAGAUCUGAACCAAGCAGUGUCCCAGGAUGAUUAUCAAACUCUUGAUGAACUCUUGUGCCAAGACAGAUACAAAACAUUUAUUAACAGCAGAAGUGGUUGGGGGGUACCUGGGACCCCACUUCGCCUAGCAGCUUCAAAGGGCCAUCUGAGAAGUUUAGAAGUUCUCUUGGCCCAUGGAGCAGAAGUGGACAGCCUAGAUGUGAAAGCGCAAACUCCGCUAUUCACUGCUGUUAGUAAUGGCCACCUAGAUUGUGUUAAAGCACUAUUGGAGGCAGGGGCCAGUCCUUCCGGCAGCAUCUACAAUAACUGUUCUCCACUGCUCACGGCCUCUAGAGAUGGAGAUGUCAGCAUUCUGCAAGAACUCUUAGACUAUGGGGCAGAAGUCAAUGUUAAAGCAAGAGUCCCAGAGUGGGCUGCCAACUCUGCAGCUUGUUCUGGUCCUUUAUAUCUCUCAGCGGUCUAUGGACAUCUGGAGUGUUUUAAAAUGCUGCUGCUUUAUGGAGCAGAUCCCAAUUACAACUGCACUGAUAAGAAAAUGAUCGCGCGAAUCAAGCAGCCCAAGACUGUGCUUGAAAUCUGCCUGAGACAUGGUUGUGGGAGUGAAUUCAUAAAACUGCUCAUUGAUUUUGGAGCCAAUGUGUACUUACCAAACAUCGCAGGAGAUAAGAUCUCGCCGAAUAGUGAGGCAUUGGCGCUGCUGAUCAGAGAAAGAGCUCAUCCAAAAUCCUUGAUGUCUCAGUCGAGGCUGGCUGUCAGGAAACUGAAACUGACCAACAGCGCAUGUGCCAUAGAUCAACUGGGGAUCCCACCUGUGCUAGUGAACUACCUCAAACAUCAAUCUUAA